AUGACCAGUGGGUCCCAUGUGCCCACCCUGUCCAUGCUCAGUGGGUUCCAUGUGCCCACUCUGAUCAUGCUCAGUGGGUUCCAUGUGCCCACCCUGCCCAUGUCUGGGUUUUAUCAGCCCAACCCCACCCUGCCCAAAGAAUUCUGUGUGCCCAACCUCGCCGUGUCCAGUGGGUCACAUGUGCCCACGCCCACCCUGUCUGGUGGGCCCUGUGUGUCCACCUUGUCCAUGCCCAGUGUAUUCCCUGUGUCCAGCCUGUCUGUGUCCAGCCUGUCCGUACCCGGUGGAUCCUGUGUGUCCAGCCUGUCUGUGCCCGCCUAUCAAUGNCUGAGGACACGGGACGAGGGCACCAUCUCCAAACCUCAGCAGAUCAUAACCCACCUCAGGAAACAGAAAUACAACGCUGACUACGACCUGUCAGCCACGCAGAGCGCGGACACGCUGGCCUUCGUGUCCCUGCUGGAGGAGAAGCUGCUGCCAGUACUGAUCCACACUUUCUGGGUGGACGCCAAGAACUACGUGGAGCACACGCGGAAGUGGUACGCGGAAACCAUCCCCUUCCCCCUCAACUUCUUCCUGCCCAACGCCAUGCACAAGCGGCACCUGCAGCGGCUGCAGCUCAUCUGGGGGGAUGACUACAUGGAGGAUGAGGAGAAGCUGGAGAAGGAGCUCUACCGGGAAGCUCGGGAAUGCCUGACACUCCUCUCCCAGCGCCUCGGCUCCCAGAAGUUUUUCUUUGGAGACUCGCCGGCCUCCCUCGACGCCUUGGUCUUCAGCCGCCUGGCGCCGCUCCUGAAGGCGAAGCUGCCCAACGGGAAACUGCAGCAGCACCUGAAGUCCCUGCAGAACCUGUGCAACUACUGCACCUCCAUCCUCAGCCUUUACUUCCCCUGGGACGGAGGUGACCCCCUGAGCAGUGCCCCUCGGGCUGCAGGCACGGACAGCACUGAGGCAGAGGAGGACCCCCACAAACGGCGCAAGCAGCUGCUGUCAGUGCUGGUGGGGCUGGCGGCCAUGCUGGGCUAUGCCUUCCUCAGCGGCAUCUCCUGCCCACAGAGCUGGCACCAAGGGGAGAUCAGGGGUUCGUGCAAGUUUGUAGAAAACCUGUUGAUUUUAUGA